AAGUUAGAAGGACCAACAGCACAUGAAUGCAAGUGACUUUAAAGAAUUGAAGAAACUAGCUUUAUUUUGAAAAGCCACAGGAAGCCACGUUAUGAACCACAGUGUGGUACUUGACGGACGCCAGCUCGCACCCCUCCCGUCUCCUCUGUCGACAGCAGAUCCUCCUCCAGCCUCUUUAAACUGCUUUCACCGCCACUCAAACGACAUUUUGGGGGUUCGGUCUGCAGCUCUCCGUCCUCACACCCCUCAUAUUUCUCUGCGUGUUUCGGAGGAUAUUUAUUUUUCUAACGGAGCGUUUGGAACCGAAAGUGAAGACAGACGGAGCUGUGUUUUAGGCUACUUCAGUGGGCGGAUAAAGCGGAGGAGGGCAUCCGGGCCUGGCUGCUCCGGAGAGUCGGCUUGAAACGACCGAAUUCACCAUUUUCAGGCCGUGCACUGCCCUGCCAUGGAGAAGAUGAAGAGGAUUAAGAAGCGCCUGUCGUUAACACUCCGCUCCAGUCAGACCAUCGAUGAGUCUCUGUCCGAACUAGCCGAGCAGAUGACCAUGGAGGACGGUGGCACCAAGGACAAUGAGCCCUUCAUGAGGAACGGCCGCCCCCCCACCUCCCACAGCAUGCACUCCUUCCUGCACCAGUACACCGGCCCCUUCAAGAAGCCCCCGCUCCGCCGGCCGCACAGCGUCAUCGGCGGCACCCUGGGGUCCUUCAUGGCAAUGCCACGCAACGGCAGUCGUCUGGAUAUUGUGCAUGAGAACCUGAAGAUGGGCUCAGACGGCGAGAGCGACCAGGCAUCGGGAACGUCUUCAGACGAAGUGCAAUCUCCAACCGGCGUGUGUCUGAGGAACCGCAUCCAUCGGCGGAUCUCCAUGGAGGACCUCAACAAGCGCCUGUCGCUGCCCGCCGACAUCAGAAUUCCCGACGGUUACCUGGAGAAGCUGCAGCUCAGCAGCCCGCCCUUCGACCAGCCGCUCAGCCGGCGCUCCCGCAGAGCCUCGCUGUCGGAGAUCGGUUUUGGCAAAUUGGAGACUUACAUUAAGCUGGACAAACUGGGAGAGGGAACCUACGCCACAGUAUUUAAAGGACGCAGUAAGCUCACAGACAACCUGGUGGCACUGAAGGAGAUCCGGCUGGAGCAUGAGGAGGGAGCACCAUGCACCGCCAUCAGAGAAGUGUCGUUACUGAAGGACCUCAAACACGCCAACAUCGUGACGCUUCACGACAUCGUCCACACUGACAAGAGCCUCACACUCGUUUUCGAGUACCUGGAUAAGGACCUGAAGCAGUACAUGGAUGACUGUGGAAACAUAAUGAGCAUGCACAAUGUGAAGAUCUUCCUGUUCCAGAUUUUGCGAGGGCUGUCGUAUUGUCAUAAGAGGAAAGUUCUCCACAGGGACCUGAAGCCCCAGAACCUGCUCAUUAAUGAGAAGGGAGAACUCAAACUCGCUGAUUUUGGUCUGGCGAGGGCCAAGUCUGUCCCGACUAAAACCUACUCCAACGAGGUGGUGACUCUCUGGUACCGGCCUCCUGAUGUCCUACUGGGAUCCUCUGAGUACUCAACACAGAUCGACAUGUGGGGUGUUGGCUGUAUAUUCUAUGAGAUGGCUGCAGGUCGGCCGCUGUUUCCCGGCUCCACCGUGGAGGACGAACUCCACCUCAUCUUCAGGUUACUGGGCACACCCACAGAGGAGAACUGGCCGGGAAUCUCCUCCAUCGAAGAGUUUAAAUCCUACAACUUCCCCAAAUACAAACCACAGCCGAUAAUCAACCACGCUCCCAGGCUGGACGGCGAAGGCAUCGAGCUGCUGCUGGCUUUCCUCAGAUACGAGUCUAAGAAGAGGAUUUCAGCUGAAGAGGCGAUGAAACAUUCCCACUUCAGGCAGCUCGGGAUGAGAGUUCACACACUGCCUGAGAGUGUAUCAAUAUUCACAUUAAAAGAAGUGCAGCUGCAGAGGGACCCUGGCUACAGGAACUCCUCGUACCCAGAGUCAGGUAACGGCAAGAUCAACAGGAGGCAGAGCAUGCUCUUCUAAUAUCUGAUGAAGAGGAUGGUCCACUGCCCAACUUCAUCAUCAUUUCCCACCAACCUCUCGCAUGAGCCCACCCCCCCUCGGAGUGACCCCCCUCCCUCCCUCUUAACUGCACACACACACAUAAACACACACACACACCCCUCUGAGCGAGUGACUCUGGGUUGAAUCUAUUUGGAGACUGUGUUUAUUUAUUGGGGGGUGAGGUUGAAUUUUUUGCUGCUAAACUACUACUGUCUGUAUUUAACACACCGUGUGUGUGCGUGUGCAUGUGUGUGUGUGUGUACAUGAUGUGAACUCGAGACGCCAUGCACAGUUGAACAGUCAGAAAGGUUACUAUUGUUUUUCUCCUGACUACGGCUUCGUUUGAGUUAGAAUUCCACUGAUGUUGAUGUCGACGCUGUGAUCCAAGUUGUUGUUCUUGUUGUCAUGCUUGGAGACCGAACGCUUCAGUUUCUUCAGAUUUCUUUUUUUUUUUUAUAAAUAUGUACAUCUAUAUAUAUUUGGAGUUUUUGUUUUGUUUGUUUUUCUUCGAGCUUCCGUGACUGAACUCUACAACAUUUCCAGGUUUAAAAAGACUGGGGUGCCAGAAGGUCUUGGUGGGGGAAAAAACGGUUCCUCUGGAUUCCUCUUCUUCAUUUUUUCCAAAACAUUUCACUCGACUCUUCUUCUAGACGCCCUGCUGCACUCAGGAGGGUUACACUGAGGAUCAAAAAGCAGGACUGUGAGCAGAUUGUGGUGACGGUUUAAAGCUAAGGGUUAAAGAAGCACACAUAGAGUCCAAUCAGACUGGAAGAACGUAAAAAACCAGCUUUCGGUUCUUUUGUUCUUUUUGAUCAUUCUGGUUCAGCAACGGGACCAAAACGGAGGAGAGGGGGGAGGCAAACAGUUGGGAAGACGAGCGAAAAGCACGGAUGAAAGAGGAGAAAUACUGGAGCUGAACAGGAAGUCAUGUGAUGUCCCACAGGAAGCCAGCAAGCCUUCCCUAAUACCCUCACAAAACUGCCAGGACUUCAGUGCUUUUUAAAAAAAAUAUUGCAAGCUACACUUUCUCGCUCUGUGUGCAUUCGGAGAUCUCACUGCAGUAAGUCUUUGUUUUUAACUUGCACUUCAGUGUGUUUUUUUUGGAAUCAGGGACCCGUGCCUCGACACGGCCGAGUUUACCCAACAGUAUUAAGAUGUGUUCUCUGUGUCUGUGACCUUUGACCUCUCCUUGUGAAACAACAGUGUCAUUGUGGCAUGUUUUUCGGAGGGGGGUGGGGUGGGAUAGUGGGGAUCGGGAUGGGGUGUUCAAAAGCAAAAUGGUUGUUUUUCCACUUGGCAUCGGACCACUGCUCUCUCCAGCAUUUGUACACAGGAAAAGAAAAAGAAGAUUUCAAAUUGAAAUUUUAGAUUUAACUGCCCGCUGUGUUGUUUGCAACUGACAGUGAUGCUACAGAUUAAGCCGGUUGGGAAGUCUCACUUUUGACUGCAUGUUUACUGAAGCAAAUGGAAGAUCUCCUGAAAAACACUCAAACACUCAAAAAGUCUGCUGGUGUGCUUUGCAUACCUGGUUUGAUUUAGUUGCAGAGAAUUUGUCUUAUUUCUGUGGAAGUGCUGUCCAGAUUUCCAGCAGUUGUGUGAUAGCAACAAGUGAUUUAAAGGAACAGUUUGACAUUUUAGGAAAUAAACGCAUUUGUUUUCUUGUUAGUUAAUUGAGAAGACUUGUGCCUCUCUCAUGUCAGUACAAUCACUAGGCGUCUAGAGGGGUUGGGGUGAGGCCAUCCCCCUCUUUGGCAAAAAUGACCAAAAUGCAUCCCCCUCGUUUACCUGCCAUCCCCCAUCUCCAUCCCCUCGUAGCAGGGAGAGUGCAGUGGCAGAAGGGUCAUUGAGUUGAACAGGUUAGGCUAUGUUUACAUGAUGACGGUCUGAACAGAAGAUGCAAAAGUGUCUUCACUUUUUAUUCCGCGUUUAGACGAGUGUUUUCGGGAGGAAAUCUGCAUGCAUACGGUGACGCAAAAGUGUGUGGAAUUCAAUUGUAUGCAUGCCAGGCGACAUCUCGUCCAAAGCCGUCUGGCUCGCCUCCGACAAAUUGGUGCAUCCAAAAUGUGAUAGAGGUAAUUACAGAUCCUUCUCUGUUCAGUAAUACUAUCUGUACAUAUCCUGUACAUUUGGUGGAAAGACUCCUGUAAGUUUAUUAGAGCUGCCAGAGCAGCUUGAAGGUCCGACGCAUGGAAAUAAUCCCACAUGUUUGUUUAUUUCCCUGUACUGGAGCAUGUAUGUGACGUAAACGCGUACGUGACGUGAGCAGAUCUGAACAGAGUUUUGUGUCUUGGCAGUGUAGAUGGACACGCUACGGCGGAGCGGAUUACACUUUUACACUCUGGAGGGUGGUAUCAGAUUUUUGCGUUUUUAAGCCCCAAAAACGCCAUCACCGUCUAAACUAAGGGCACUUCCGAUAAAAUAUUUUGUCGUUUUUACCCGCAAGCGUCCUCGUGUAAACGGUCUAGUCUGCCUGACUCAUUGAUCCUUUAUCUGACAGAGGUUUGUGCAAGUUAGAAUGGCCCCAACCAUAACUCUAAAAUAUUAGUAGCCUAACUCUGCCUAGCUCAAAGAGUAAAAUCGGGCCUAGCCUGGCUCAGACCAAAGGUUACAAAUAUGCCUAACUACACCUCUAAAGCUCAAAGUUAUUUUUCAUUUUACAAGAACUGAAUCGAAAAACAAGUUGUCGUUUCAUAGGGUGUUACAUGUUAAACUGUUUCUUAGCAUAGUAGCUUCUAGGAGUCCUGAAGAAACUGUCCGGUUGCUACACUGGCCAUAAAAUAGUCCUGAGCACAACCCUACGUCAAAACGUUUAUUUUUGCACUUUGGUUUUUGUACGCAUAAAACACGUCAGAUUUUGAUUAGUGAGCUUCAGAGUUGCUGGUUGGCAUAUUUUGCGUUAUUGUUUAGAUAAGAUGUUUCCCAAUACAUUGAUUCAGAUCGACUUACCGUUAAACCGCUAGGAUGGAUCUUCUCAUCUAACGUUCAACAAGAAAGCAAAAAGCCCUAUUUUCCUAAAUGUCAAACUAUUCUUUUAAAUAGUUGCUGUAAACAUCAAGUUUUACAGUCAGCAAUUCAGAAUCAAACAAACAAGAGCUCCAGAGCUGCCAGUUUGCUCCCCAACAGUUUAACACAAAAGAGAAAUCUAUCAUGGAAAAGGCAGACAGAGCAAUUUUUACACUCACAGUAGCAAAAAAUAGAGUGCAGUGCAGUGAACAUCACAAAUUGAACGUUUUGAGUGUAACGAGUGUAAGAGAAGAUCUGAAGGAGAUUUUCCUGUUACUGCAGCUCUUUUGCUCAACAUCUUCAUGAAAAUUUCACAUUAACUGUCCGAGAUUUAAAAGAUUUGAGCAACACUAGAGUUACUGAUUGGGCAGAACAUGCUAGAAAAGUGCUGGAAGCACAACUAAUGCUUGUUAAACUCACUAAUAGCUGAGAGAUUAAUGGAAUUAACAUUAACUUUUACACAGUUUGCAGCUAGUAGUGUAAUAAUCCUGUAUAUGUACCCAUCAUUUCAGUAGUUAAAUUCUUUGACAGCAUAUUUCUUGAUCAAUUAUAUAACAACAGAACAAAUGGUUGGAAGAUAGUGUUAACGGUUUACAUUUAAAAUAAUGUAACAAUUAUUGUGUUCACAGGAAAAAAAUCAUUAUAUUAAUGGUAGAAAUCCUGUAUUACAUUGUCACAUGAUUUCUCCCCAGGAAACCUUUGUCCCCUCCUAUUUUAUUUCACAUGAGUGUGUUUAGAUGCUUCACUGACACUUUAUUAUUAGAAAUAAGCUUUCAAUUUCUACAAAUGUCCCUAUAAUCAAACAUAACUGCAGGAUUAUUCCACUGCUAACUGCGAAAUGUGUUGCUAACAGCAGUUUUUUGUCAUGAACAGCAGUAACAUGCACGAAAGGAGAUUUCUACAAUGGCUCAAUAUUUAUCAUUGUAAAACUGUAAAACUUUUUCAAAUGUAUGAAUGACCUGAUUUUAUGUGAACAUGUCUGAACGCGCGUAUGUGUGUGUGCCUGAUGCAUGGAAGGCCUGCUGUGUUGUGAAAUUCGACCUCUCUGAAACACUGAGCUGCCGGUGAACAGUUGUUGUGUGACUCUUUUUACUGGAACUAUUUAUUUCUCAUAACCAUCGAAAGUAAAUUUAAUCUGUUUCAUAAA